AUGGCUUCGCUCAUCACCACCAUGUCUGUCCCCGAACCCCCUCCCCCUGUUCAUUCUUCCCCUAGCCCAGGUCCUGCAGCCGAGGUGGCCACAUCGCGAUCCCCUACCCUGAGCCUCAGCCCGUUGGGCCUAUACCAGACCACCCGCACUUCGCAUAUCCCUUCACUCGAGCCUCCCUCCUAUCUUUCACCCGCCGUGCGCGCGCUGAAACAAGGAUUUCUUGGACUAACACCUCCCAGCAAUGCCCGGACGCGAGCCCCCUUCAAGCCCCGCUCCGCUGCGAAAGGCACCAACAGUUACCAGCUGAGACAAUUUGCAGAGGCUACUCUGGGGAGUGGCAGCUUGCGCAAGGCCGUGAAGCUUCCCGAAGGCGAGGAUCUGAAUGAAUGGCUUGCAGUGAACGUCGUCGAUUUCUACAACCAGAUAAACCUCCUCUAUGGCUCUAUCACCGAGUUCUGCUCCCCGCAGACAUGUCCCGAAAUGAAGGCAACCGAUGAAUUCGAGUACCUUUGGCAAGACUCCGAAAACUACAAGCGCCCGACGAAGAUGUCUGCCCCGGAAUAUAUUGAGCACCUUAUGACCUGGGUACAGAGUAAUAUCGACAACGAACAGAUGUUCCCAAGCCGAAUUGGCGUUCCUUUCCCAAAGUCAUUCCCCAGUCUUCUUCGUCAGAUCUUCAAGCGACUAUACCGUGUUUAUGCCCACGUCUACUGCCAUCACUACCCUGUCGUGGUACAUCUCGGCCUCGAACCGCAUCUGAACACUAGCUUCAAGCACUAUGUGCUAUUUAUCAAUGAGCACAACCUUGCCAGUGGUAAAGACUACUGGGGCCCGUUGGCUUCCCUUGGCGCCGAGCAAAAAUAUUGCCUUACUCAUCUUCACGUGACCAACGGCUGGAAGAAUCCGGGUCGUUCAACUUCAACGCAUCCCGACGCCGCUCAACACCUCACCCAUCUCCAACCCCCUUGGUCACCCCCUCCCCUCCGAGGCUCUCCUCCACUCGAACUCAUGAUGAUGUCCGCUCGUGUCGCCCGCUCUGGCCUGCGUGCCGCCCAGCAAUUCUCCGCGCCCCGUGUGGCUUUCAACGGUCUUCGCAGCUAUGCUACCCCGGCCCAGGAAACCCGCCCUCCAGUCGCCCUCUUCGGUGUUGACGGUACCUACGCCUCCGCUCUGUUCACUGCUUCUGCCAAGUCCUCCGCUCUUGAGCAGACCGCUAAGGCCAUUGCCGCUCUCGGCCAGACCCUCAAGGCCGACAAGAAGCUGACCACCAUCCUUGACGCUCCCUCUCUCUCCAACGCCGAUAAGCAGCAGAUCAUCCAGGAGCUCCAGAAGGUUGCUGGUGCCGACAAGGGCGACAUCAUUAAGAACUUCCUCCAGACUCUCGCUGAGAACAACCGUCUCGGCGCCCUCGAGGGUGUCACUGAGAAGUUCGCGACUCUCAUGUCUGCUCAGCGCGGUGAGAUUGAGCUGAACAUCACCAGUGCCCAGGAGCUCGAUGCCAAGACCAUCUCCCGCCUCGAGAAGGCCGUCUCCAAGUCCGAGUACAGCCAGGGCAAGAAGCUCAAGGUUGUCACCAAGGUCAACCCUGACCUUGUCGGUGGACUCGUUGUCGAGAUCGGUGACCGCACCGUUGACCUGAGCGUCUCCUCCAAGAUCGCCAAGAUGAACAAGGCUCUUACUGAUGCCCUGUAA